AUGGCUGCUGAAAUCGAGUCCUCCGCUCGCGAUCAUGUAGCAUCUUCCUCGUCUUCCUCCACCAGAGGAGGCCUCGGUCGUGCCAGCAGUCGAGGAGGGGCCGCCUUCGGCCGCGGACGUGGGAGAGGAAGAGGCGGCGGCAGGGGAGGUGCCAGCUCCUCGUCGACCUCGGCCGUCAACGCCAAGUCCUCCUCCAGGGGAGCCGCAUCCGGAGCCGGAGGAGGUCGAGGGGGCACGCGUCGGGGCCGUGCAAAGACCUUUGCCGACUCGCGCGUCCAGGCCGCAUAUGAGCGCCAGCGCGAGCUCAAGGCCACCUACCAGGCCGUCGCCCAUGCCCUCAAGCCCGCCCUCCAGGAGCUGGCCGAGCGCAGCGUCGACGAGCUCAUCCGCAACCCCGACCGUUACAAGGAUGCCCAGCAGCACGUCCCCGUCAUGUCGCAGCUGCGGAGGAACCUCGCCAACAAGCUGGCCGAGCACCGCAAGCGUCGCGACAUGGACAUUGCCCUCGCCGAGAGCCUCUUCGACGCCGAUCGAUACGUCGCCAACAGAGAGUUUCACAAUGGCGUCCUCGACCUGUUCGAGCAAUUCUUCGAAGGUCAGGAGAAUCGUCUGAGAAUCCUCGCCUCCCUCCACGCCAAGGGGCUUCCCGUCGAUAUCCGUGAUGACCGGUACGAGUUCCGCGUCAUCACCGAUGACCACCUCGACAAUGAGUUUGGCCCCUACGAAUCCUUCCUGGACGGUCACCUCGUCCCCUACCCUUCGCGCGUAGAGGGCACGGAGAUGUGGCAGAAGGCACGCGAUGCCGCCGCCGCCGCAUCAGCCGCAUCACAAGCCGCCGCUGCCGCCUCGUCCUCGACGGCGACGGCUACCGCCACCGCCACCACCAACGCCACCACCACCACUGCCAACGCCGCCGCCGCCGCCGCCGCCGCCGCCGCCGCCAGAGGCCGGGGCAGAGGCCGCGGUGGUGUCAAGCGUAAGCCCACGGGUGACCCCGACGGUCAGCCCACCCCCAAGAGGUCCACGCGCAACACCGACGACUCCCAGCUGCUCCCGCCGCCGCCCGCCCCGGCCAAGGGUCUGCUGGCCUCGGCCGCCGAGGCCGACAUGGCGCCCGAGAGGGCGGCCGCCGACGACGACUCCCCCUCGGCCACGCCCGAGCCCGGAAGCUUCUACGCCGGCGUCCAGACCAAGAUGCCCGAGAAGCUGGCCGCCCGCGAGAGGAGUCCUCCCCUGCCCAAGAACAUUGGCGAGCCCGACGAGUACGGCGUGCGCGUCUACAACCAGAGGCCCUACCUGCGCGACAAGGGCCUGGCCAGCCGCCUCCUGGCCCCGCCCGUCGUCACCUUUGACGACGACGAGAUCGGCUUCCGCGACAGCGUCAACGACUCGACAAAGGGUCACACCCACGCCAAGCGCGGCAAGUACCUCGACACCCCCAACAGCAACGGCAUGCACUUUGACCACUGGUGCAACGGCUUCGACUACUCGCACACGACCCCCCGCGACUUUGACCAGACCCUCGUCGCCCGCCACCGCGUCCACCCGCGCUACGGCAUCUUCCUCCCCGACAGCGCCAACGAGAGCCAGCCCGGACGGCCCUACGUCAUGCCCGGGCGCCCCGUGGUCUUCAUCGCCAACCCGUCCGGCCGCAUCUCCCACGCCUCGCGCGGCUUCCAAAAGGUCACCAACCACCGCAGCCUCAUGGAGGGGCCCUGGCGCCACAAGAUGGGUGCCCUGCUGCGCCGCUUCUGCAAGCUCGAGAACGUGGACCGCGCGGACAUCGCCGUCGACGACUACCUCCCCUCCAGCAGGGACCUGAAGAAGCGCUCGCUCGGAACCGCCGUCCAGGAACUCAAGUCGCGACCCAUCCCUGCCAAACCUUCCGACGAGGGCCGGGACGGGGGCCGGGAGGAGGCUCGGGACGAGGUUCAGGACGAGGCUCAGGACGAGGCUCAGGACGAGGCUCAGGAAGGGGCAGGACAAGUCGGACAAGAAGGCCGAGAUGCCCAGGUCAAGGUCGAGACGGCCGAGGUGGCGACAGGAGAAGGAGGGGAAGACGCCCGCCCGGAUCUCUCCUUCAUCACCGACGCCGCCGCCUACGUCGACGCCCAGGACGCUGCCCAGGACGCUGCCCAGGUGGCCGCCCAGGAGGAGGCAGCGCGCACCGCCGCCGCCGCCGCCGCAGCCGCCGCAGCCGCCGCAGCGGCCACGGCUCCCAAAGCUACAAAGUACGACGCCGUGCGCGACAUGUUCAUGACCGAAGCCAAGCCCGCACCCCCUCCGCCCGCCGCCCAGGACGUGGCCGGCAGCAGCAGCCUCGACAUCCUGGCCGACCUGUGCACCUCGGCUCCGCCACCCGACUGGGCCUCCUCGUCCAGGCCGCGCGCCACCUCUGGCUACCCCGAGGCUGCCGCCCAGCUGCCCAUGUCCGGCGAGCGCGAGGGCAGCUACAUGUCGGGGACGCCCGCACCGACGGGAUACCGGUCCGGUGCGCGGCACCCACCCCAGCAGCAGCAGCAGCGUCGCGAACCCACGGUCGAGCCCUCCCCUUACCCCCGCCACCCCGGCGAGGCGGCAGCGGCGGGAGCAUCCGUCUACCCCGGCAGCAGCAUGCACGACCACGCACACCAGCCGUCCCCCUACGGGAUGGCCGCUCACGAGCAGCAGCAGCAGCAGCAGCAGCAGCAGCCUCCCUACCACGGCGCUCCUCCCCCUCCCACCGGCUACCCCCCGCCGCCGGACCAGAGAGCGUACGACGGCCACGAGCCCCGACGCGUGAGCGCCUACGCGGCUGAGGCCCCCCCUCCAUCAUACCCAUCACCGCACUCGUACUGGCCCCAGCAGCAGUACUCUCUCCCGCCGUCAUCGCGCGUGUCCUUCUCGCAGCACACGAGCGCCGAGCCGCUCCCCCCUCUGCGACCGUCACGCGGCCGACUCCAAUCCGGCCCAGAAGAGCAGGCGCCGCCGGCAGCUCAGCCUCAGCAGACGGCCGCCCCCAUGCCCUUCUACCCCGGCCGAUCGGCCAGCAGCGGCAGCUACCCUACUCCGGAGGCGUAUGCCCCGCCACCCGGUGGAUUUCCGUCCCGAACGUCGAUGGGAUACUCGGCCUCCCCUCCGGGGGGUUACGAUCCUCACCGCGCGCCCUCCCCAGCAGGAUUCGGCUCGAUGCAGACCGCCGAUACGACGGCGACGACGGCGACGGCGACGUCAUCAUCCUCCUUCCACCCUCACCCUCACCCCCAACCUCACCCUCACCCUCACCCUCACCCUCACCCUCACCCUCAUCACCACCACCACCAUCAUCAUCACCAUCACCGCUCCACCCCUUCCCUCCCGACCGCACCGUCGCCCCCCAUAGGCGGCGGACCAUCAGGACCACCCGGUUCUACCACUACGACGGCGGCGGCGGCGGCGGCGGCGGCGGCGGCAGACUCCAAGUACCGCAAGCUCCAGCCCGCCCCCGUACCGGCCCACAGGGCGUGGAACCAGCGUCCGGAACUCAAGACGAUACCGUACGACCACAAGGACAGCUCGGGCGGGUCCGGCGCGGCUGCCCUGCCCAACUCGGGUCCCACGCAGAUACGGGGUUGGAACGUGAAUCAGCAUCGCAGGAGGAACAACAGGGCUGAUAAGCAGGAGCCCAAUAUGCGAGGGGACAUCAUCAACUUCUCCGCCUCGGCAUCUGCUUCCGCUUCCGCUCCCGGUGCUGGUGCUGGUGCUGGUGCGAAUGAUGGGGAGGAUUCACGCUAG